CUUUGGAGAUGGGGCGACGGAAGCCGAGGACGCCGCAACGGACAAGGGGCGGCAGGGAGGGAACAGGGCAUACCGUGAUGACCGUCACCUCGCCGGUCAACUAUGGCACACCGGUGGCUCAAGGCCGCUCGCGGGGUCCGCUCGACGACACACCGCUAGCACUGUAUGCCCUGUUUGGUGAAGCCAUCGAUGAAUCGCUAGGCAAAGCUCCUCUGAGUGAGCCAUCUGAUCACGCAUCCGAUCAGGCUUCGUUUGAUGCUGAGCUCACACUGAGUGUGCUCCGCAUGCCCGACGCCAUCGAGCCCAAGCUCGCCCAUCGAUCGGUGGCCUGGAUGAACAAGGCUGCCAUGCGCGCUCGGGGCUGGGUCGGCGGUAUUCGAGUCAUGUUGGUGCGCGCUCCUUCUGUGGCGGCUGCCAUCAAUGGUCCGGACGGCGCUGAUGGCGCUGAUGGCACUGAUGGCGCUGAUGGCGCGGACAGCGCGAGCGAGGCCCUGGUGCAUCUGUGGCCGUCCAAGCAUGUGCCUGCCGGGUGUGUGUGCAUGGACUCGUCCUCGCGGCGAUCAGGUGGGCUGAGCUACGGCACCCAAGUUGCUCUUUGUCCGGCGCUCAUUGCUGUGGCAGAGGCCACGCGGAUGGAGGUCGAACUCAGAUCAUCGGCUGCGUUGUGGGACAAGGUGCCGCCAGCCACCCUAGCGUCGCUUGUUCUUGGCGAAGCCAUUGAUCGGAUCUUGCGACCAGGCUCGUGGUUCAAGACGUACGUGGGCGGAAAAAGUCUCUCAGUCGAGGUAAUUGCGUUGUUUGGCGAUGAUGCUGAGACUUCUGGCUCGUGGCAUCAGGUCUCGUCGCGGACGGCUAUUGUCAGCAUGGAUUUGGCUACCGCGACCGGCGUCGUCCGCCGUGUUGACUUUGACAGCUCUCAGGGCAGCAGUGGUGCAAGCUCGGACGGCUGGGUGCCCAAGGAGGUACCAGCGGAAGUUCUGGCGUCGGCGCUCCGUGUCGGCGGGCUCGACGACGAGCUUGAGGUUGUGCGCAAGCUGCUGCAGCGCGCGGUUGCCGGGAGCACCAAUGCAACAAUCCGCCCGGCCAAGGGCGUGCUCCUGUACGGCCCGCCGGGAACCGGCAAGACUGCAAUGGUGCGGUCUCUGGCGCGCGAAGAAGGCGUCACGCUGUUUGUAGUCGACGGUGCCGAAGUGCUCUCCAAGUACUAUGGCGAGACUGAGGCCAAGCUGGCGGCAGUUUUCAGCGCUGCUAGCGCCGCCUGCAGGCCGGCGGUUAUCUUUGUGGAUGAGAUCGACGCGCUUGCUCCGUCCCGCGAGUCGGGCACGCUGACGCAGCUGGAGAAGCGCAUCACGUCCACGCUGGUGGGCCUGCUCGACGAACUGCACGCAAGCGACUCGGCAGUCUUGUUUGUGGCUGCCACCAACCGGGUGGCGGCGCUGGACCCGUCGAUGCGCCGGCCGGGACGACUCGACCGCGAGCUGGAGAUCGGCGUGCCGUCGCCGAGCGGACGGGAGGCCAUUCUCAGCGCCCACCUUGGCGCCCUUGACGCCGGGGUGUCUGCGGUGACACCUGCCGACAUCAAGUGGCUGGCGAGCAAGACGCACGGAUUUGUGGGUGCCGACCUUGCCGCACUCCUCCGCGAAGCCGGUGUCUACGCCAUGCUCCACGGCUCUGCACAGUUGCGGAUGGACGACUUUACAGCGGUGCUGGGCAAAGUCAAGCCAUCAGCGCUACGCGAGCACGUGUUGGACGUGCCUAACGUGCGCUGGGACGACAUUGGUGGCCAGGCCGAGGCCAAGCAGGCGCUGCAGGAAGCUGUCGAGUGGCCGCUGCGGCAUCCCGAGGCGUUUGUGCGGCUCGGCAUCCGCCCACCCAAGGGCGUGCUUCUCUAUGGCCCGCCGGGCUGCUCCAAGACCAUGAUGGCCAAGGCGCUUGCGACAGAGUCGGAGCUCAACUUUGUGGCUGUUAAGGGUCCCGAGCUGUUCAAUAUGUGGGUGGGCGAGUCGGAGAAGGCCGUCCAGGCGCUGUUUCGCAAGGCGCGGGCCGCCGCACCGUGUAUUGUGUUUUUUGACGAGAUCGACGCGCUUGCCACCUCGCGCUCCGCCGCCGGCGGCGGUUCGUCCGUCCAGGAGCGGGUUCUCGCUCAACUCCUUCACGAGAUGGACGGUAUCGAGGCGCUGCACUCAGUUGUCGUCGUUGCGGCUACCAAUCGGCCGGACAAGAUCGACGCCGCGCUCCUCCGGCCCGGACGCAUGGACCGAGUGCUGCAUGUCGGCCUGCCUGAUGCUCCCGCCCGGGCCGCUAUCAUUACCAACGCGCUCGCCAAACUCGACGCCUCGCUUGUCGCCGCCGACGUAGCAAAUCACCUAGCGACGACCCUGGUGCCUGCCCUCGACGGUUACACAGGCGCCGAAGUGGCUCAUCUGGUCAAAGAGGCCUCACUUGCUGCACUGGCUGAGGUCCUUGACGCCGCACAAGCCUCAGGUCUUGCUCCAUCGGCCGCCAAGCCAAUCCCCAUCACUGCCGCCCACCUCGAUGCCGGACUGGCAGCCCUCGGCCCGCCGCGAACCCCUCCCGAUCUCCUGCAGUUCUACGCCGACUACGCCGCAUCGAUAUCUGCCUAG